AAAAAUCAGUUGCGCGUGAACGGUCUGUCUUUCGGGAUGUACUUCACGACGUACCUUUUCGUGUUGAUGACGAUCAUGGUACUGAUUUGUACCGUCCUUAUCAUCAUCAUCCUGCUGUUCAAAAUUCCAUCGCUUAGUGGAUGGGCGGCGUUGACCACAUUAGGCAUCUUGGUCUUUUUCUACUGCCCCUCUUCGAUACUCUUCAGCACCUGCUUUAGCUAUAUGUUCGAUAAAACUGAUUCGGCACAGUCCAUUUUACCAAACAUCGCCACCUUUGUUGGGUGUAUACCGUUUUUCAUUGUGAUGUUUCUUGACAUGAUGAGGAUAGGUAAGAAGUCAUAUAACUUAAAAAUAGGUUAGCUGUAAGUAAUGUUGUUUUCGGAUCAUUUUUUACAUAAUAGACUUAGUCCAAUCUGACCAAUACAGAUGACGAUAAGACCGUACAUAUCAGUUAUUACAGUCAUAUUGUGCUCACAAUACCCUGUAAUAGUGUACAGACAGCCCAAAUUUUAGGUCCUAUUUCUCGUAAACUACUUGUAGACACUCUUUGCACAUAGUCACUUUUGUUCUACAACAUACCAUUUUUUUAAUUAUCCGAAAGCCAUAAGUCUUCUAUGGGAUCUUUUUUGGAAACUCCGAAAAUAAUCAAUGUCAACAAUCGCCCGACUGCUUUGCGUCCGGCAAGAUUGAACUAGUCCACCAUUGCUGACAACCUUUACAUUGAAAUGCUCCAUUACGUUAAAUGUCAAACAUGUCUCGAAAUGAUUGUGCUUAGUAUAGCGCCCCUUUCAUACAAGUCUGAGUAUCAUAGCUAUUACUUUACCAGAAAUAUCAUUAUUAUGUAUCGAUGCUCUUAAACGUGACAUAAUGGGAUAUUUCAUCUUGAGAGUUCUCAGAUAAGGGUUGUCGAAGGCCUCGGAUGUUAUUUCAAACUUUUGGAUGUUGUACUCUUAUUGUCAGAUCUCACUCGACCGUAUCUGAAGCAUCUGUUUUUUUUUAGGUGAAAAAGUUGCUCUCAUCUUACACAUAUUUUUCUCCAUGACAAAUACUAUGUAUUUAUCUUAUGCCAUGAUUUAUUAUAUACAAAGGGUGUAUAUAAUGUGCAACAACAGUUAUGCUUGUGUAGAACCAACGUUGGUUGACUAUAUGACUACAGAAGUUGUAGUUAUGUUCGUAGGAAUAUUACUGCACAUCCCUUUCUGGUUUUUCAUCAUACGUGUUGUAGACAUCAAGAAAAACGGUGGGAGAGUCAGGGAUGCACUCAAGUUAACCAGUGUAAAUACGGAAGAUAAAUAUAAAAUUAACGAAGAAGAUUUUAACGAGGUUAGUGACAUAGGAGACAACGAAGAUCAAGACGUGAAGGCAGAGAGGCUGAAAGUAAAAAGUCUCAUGAAUUGUCAUUCAGUCAAUCCUCCUGUUGUUAUGGUAGAUAAAUUGCAUAAAGAAUAUCUAAGAGAAGAAACGAAAGUCUGUGAUAUAUGUUGUAAAUCCGAAACAGAAGUAGAAUUGAAGGUAGCUAUCAAAUCCUUAUCAUUAGCCGUCGAUGCUGGUGAAGUAUUCGGACUUCUGGGUCACAAUGGUGCUGGUAAAACCACCACCAUGAAGAUCAUUACCGCUGAGGAAGCUCCUACAAGAGGCAGGGUGCAAAUCGGCGGCGAAAAUAUAACCUCUAACAUGAACUCCGCAUACCGUCUGCUAGGAUACUGCCCACAGCAUGACGCGCUGUGGAAAAACAUCACAGUGCGUGAGCAUCUGGAGUGUUACGCCUCCAUCCGAGGUGUGCCUUACGACCAAAUACCUAAGCUGGUCAACAUGUACCUGAGCGGCCUCCAAAUACAGGAGCACGCUGAUAAAAGAGCAUCACAAUGUUCUGGAGGAACAAGAAGGAAACUUAGCUUCGCUAUGGCGAUGGUAGGGAAUCCCAAAGUUGUAUUGUUAGACGAGCCCAGUACUGGAAUGGACCCUAGGAGUAAAAGAUUCCUAUGGGACACGAUAUUAGCCAGUUUUCAGGGUUCAAGAGGAGCGAUUCUUACCACACAUUCCAUGGAGGAAGCAGAUGCUUUAUGUUCAAGAGUCGGUAUCAUGGUGAAAGGCGAGUUGAGAUGUCUGGGCUCGACCCAACACCUGAAAAACCUAUACGGCGCUGGCUACACCCUGGAGAUGAAGUUACGGGGUGGAGAUUCAACACCAACCUCAGACUGCAGGGAUCGCCACAGCGCGUUAAAAGAAUUCGUCUCUAAUUUGUUUAUGGACGCCACUUUGCAGGAAAGCUUCGCCGAUCGACUGGUGUUCAGUGUGCCUCAGCAGAGCGUGCCUUCGCUGGCCAAAUGUUUCAUGCAGUUAGAGAAAACCAAAUCUGAGCUGGACAUAGAGGAAUACAGCUUCAGUCAAACAACGUUGGAACAAGUGUUUCUUAAGUUCGCCCACGAAGAUGAAAUUCAUGAAGAUUAGAUGCAAGAGUAGAAGUUUUUGUUGAUUUUUCAUUAUUAUUAAGACAUUGACCUAAUUGUGAUGUUAAUAUGUAAGUUUAAAAAUUUGUAGAUAAAAUAAAUUUGAUCAAAACUUCUAAGCAUUUAGCGCCAUGUAGAACGACAUUGGAAUGUUGUUCGAAGUAUCAACUAUUUUCAGAGGGAGCGUAUAUGGUUUCCUACAGUAGCAUACUAAAAGUCACGGAAAGUUACUGUAUUUCAAUAGGGUAGCUAAAGUCAGGUUACCAAAAACGCUUGUCGAGAAUUCAAAACAUAGGAUACAUUUGGUUUUUAAGAUCGAAAAUACAUAUCCUGAUGGACGUUGCAUUUUAUUUACACAAACUUGUUCUGUAAUUCUUUCAUUUAGAUUCACGAAUUGAAUAAAUCUUUUAUAAACUACUGUCAUAGACCCUCCACUUAUGAGAAAAAUUGAAUAUACUUCACAAUAUAGGAAGUGUCCAAUUUUUAGCUGAAUAUUUUUAUCUACUUUAAGAAAACGAUGCGUUCUUCAGUAGGCCUUAUAUUUAUAACAGGUGCUUUUAUAUAAAAAAACGUACUGUUUGUUGUAUGUACUUACGUGUACAUACAUUCCCUAGGGUACUUUUAAUGAAAUAGCUUCUACUCUGUAGCAUAUUAAUUCAUUGUGUUUGAGUGAUAAUCCUAAUUAUUAUGAAUGAUUUUAGUACUGAGUGGAUUCUAUACUCUCCUAAAUUAAAUUCGUUAUCUUUUUCGUUUAAUUCAUCAUUUGAGAUAGUAUAUACCAAUUCAAAAUUGAGAUAAAGUAUAUGCAGAUCAUUCGGCUUUGUUUGAUAUAUCUGCUAAAAUCUAAAAAUACGUAAAAUACUCAUCAUCACCUUCAGCAAGAAUUCUCAUCAAAGGGAAUUAUUGCCGAAUUUGUGUAGUUUUCUACAUCAAAAUAAGUCAUAAAGAAUGUGUAACAUAAUUUGAAUGAAACUAUUUCAUUUCUGCAAAGCAGAAACUCGGGAAUCUCAAUUUUAUGUUGUGUAUAUGUUACUUUAUGAAAAAUAUAUAUGUCGCUUAUGUGGAUAUUUUUAAAAGACGUUGUUUUGUGAUAUUAUACUGUGUUUUUGCUGACAUAGACUAGUCAAUUAAUAAUAUAAAAUAUCUGUUACUGAUCAUAAUUUGGAUUCGUCCGCUUGCUCUGUACAUAUCUAUGCAAACUAAAGGGUGCGCCAUGUUAGGAAAAGUAGGAGGAAGUGACAACCAUGAAUCGUAGUCGUCAUAAGCGCUAUUAUAGUUUUGCCAUAUGAGCACAAUGGACACAUGCCUAGAGUCCGGCAUGUUGGAGGUCCCCAAAUAGCUAAAAAUCAGACGAAAUUUCCAAAAAACAUAUGCCUUCACCUCCUACCCUCUUUUUCUCAAUGUCAAAGUGCUGCCAGGCUACCCUGAGCUGCCUUUAGCCCCCUGGGUAUCCAGGGGCCACUACAUAACUUAAGACGACCAUGCAUGAGCGUUUAGAAAAGCGUCUAAGCAUGGCCUAAACAUGAAUACUUUUGACAAGCCGAGGUUGUUGCAGUUAGGAUUUGAAGUUUGAAAAAUGUUUUAUCAUUCAAUUUGAAUGAGUUGGUACAUGAAACUGUUCGUCAAGUUACCGUUCAUCAAGCUCAUAAACUCAUUAUAAUUUCUUUUUAUGUUAUUAUUACAUAUUAAGGUGGCACAUCCCUCUUUCAAUUUUUUUUCAACUACCUGUUUGCAAUAGUAUUCUAAAUCCUGUUCGUCUGAUAGUUUCUUGGUGUGUAGAUUACAACAAAUACGGUUCUGAAAUUGUGUGUGAAUAUUCUUUGAUGGAAGAAUGAAACAGGUGAUUACUUUUGUUCUUAUCACUUUUCCUUUUCGAAAAAUCUUUGAUUGUCUCAAAGCCUCGUCUCGCAGCAAGUUGAAUUUUCAAGAAGAGCAAAGAUUUUUCAAAGAGAAAAAGUGAUAAGAAUAAAAGUAAUUACUUUUGUUUCAUUCGUCCAUAAAAGUGGAAUAUUCACAGACAAUUUCAGAGCCGCAUUAAUAGAUACGAUCGAACCAGAAAUCCUCAAAAAAAUGAAUUUUAUGGCAAAACAAAAUUAAAAACGAUGUUUUUUAGUCAUUAUACCUAUACAUGCUAAAGUAAUCAGAUGAAAAGAAUUCAGAAUACUGUUGCAAACAGCUAGUUGGAAAAAGGCGAAAAAAGGGACUUGCGGCUCAAGGUUGGUCCAUGAAACUUUUCUUUUGCAUUUAGCAUUGGCAUUAAUAUCAAUGUUGAAACUGCCAUAGCUAAAUACUGCCGUUCGUGAAACCAUUUUGAGUGUAUCCUUUAAAUUAGAUAUAGAAGGGCUGAUCUAUAAAAGGCAGUCAACUUGCAAUUAUACCUUGCGCGAAAAGGUUAAUGCUGAAUUUUAACGCAUACUAUCAAACCCGGGGGCCGGAAAACAUGCGUAAUGAGAAAAAACGACCCAAAACUGGACGCCGAACUGAAGGCGCAGUAAUCGAUCGGCCAGAACAUAGACUAUUAGGAAACACAGCAUUGCCAGAUGAGUCGGGCAGAAUUUCCCCAGAACAAGCACAAAAAUCCCUCAGACUUGCUAUUGUUCAAAAGAAAUCCAAAUCAUAAUUAAUGAAAAGGGAUAGGAUUGCUCCAAGAGCAAGGGGGUAGUUACGAAAAUUGUAAUUUCCCCCAGAACAAAUUUGGGGGAAAAUCCCUCAACACGGCUAAAGCACCACUGGCACUUCGCGUGUAUCAAGUUUUGGGGGCAUUUUUACAUCACAAAAAGUAUUGCCGUAGUUUCUCUAGGUAAAUAAGCUCCGUGAUAUCAAAUCAGAUUAGUAUGACAAAUAGUGAACGUCAAUAUUGUCUUGGAGAUAAAGCUUUUUCCUGUGCCUUUUUACAUAAAUACUAAUAAAUAUCAUGGGGACGUUUACAAAAGAAAAUUAAUCGAUAUGAACGAUGUUAAGCAAGUUGUUAGUGCAAGAUAUUAAAACUUGGGAGUCUGAUUUAUUUUUCUUAUACUUGUGAUAUAUCUGAGGUCAGAUUUUUUGUGAAUAUGGAUACUAUAUCAAGAAAUGAUAAUUUUAUGAAUGUAGGGUACGUCCUUUUUACGCUAAGGGCCGGGACAUUUGUCCCACUAGACAUUUUAGGUGGUACAUAGUAGACCCAGUAGUCUUGAAAACAAUUAUUUCCAUUGAAAUUAUAUUGAAGAACACAAUCGUCAUCACUCAAGCCAUCUUCCAUAAUUCUUUUAACUUCUUCUUCAAGUUCUCUUUGUGUCAAUCUCCUUUCACUCAUUGUUGUACAGAACCACCGGGACAAAUGUGUCCAGUUCAAAAUGCCUGCUGGGACCCAGGUGUCCCAUAGUAUAAAGUACUGAAAUACAACACGUUUUAUAAGAGAAUUGCUUACUACUAACCUUAGAGAGCAGACACAAUACAGUUAGGGCAAUAAUACACUUGCAAAUACUUCAGAAUAUAGUAGAACGCAAAUCACAUGUUGGCUGGACGGACUUCACCAGCAAACUGUGAAGUUAUGUGACUACUUGUCAACAGGUACUUGUAUAGUGAGUGUUCAGAGACUGGUAUAUUAUGUAUAAUGGAAAAAACGGGAUCUAUUUGUACCAUUAGGCGCACAUAAUACAUGGAUGGGACACGUAUGUCCCGAUAGACUCCAAAGGGUUAAACACUUGGGGAAAAAUGUCCGACACCGUUAUUUAAAGGUGCGACCAACGUAUAACAAUCUCCCUCCAGGAAAUAUCGAAACCAGGUUACGGCAUCAUAUCAUCGUUUUUUACCUCACAGUACAAGGCAAGCCACUAGUAAACUAUUGAUUUGACAAAUGCAUACUUGAAUAAUAGUUUAAUAAAAAUAAAAUUAACAAUUUCAUUUACGUACUUCCUCACCUAUAAUUUAACGAUAAAAUAAUACUCAAAGAAAAAGUUUCAUAAACCAGCCGUUAGGCCGCUAGUGAUUAUAAUAAUGAGAUUAGAGACAAUGUGCGCAAAGCAGACAAAUGCGGCGACUAAGGAUUUUAUGGUAUUAUUCCGAGAUAAAUGUUAAUACAUGAAACACCAUCAACCUUACAAUUUUGAAACAGUAUUUUCUACACUGUUAAGACAUAAUUAGCACCACCCUUACGUCGGUACUUUUCAUAGAUUUGUGACUGAAGGCGUUUUUCCAUUAGUUUCAAUGUCACAUGGGUACAUAACCUCGCUUCUUUUAACAUCAAGUUAACUUUCGAAUUGAAUAACUCUAACCUGAAAGUCACUUAACACGUCCCUGUAGAUUAGUUUUGAGAGUUGUGGCUAACUAACCCAUAACUGUUGAUGUGGAAAGACUGUUUUUGCUGACUGCAGCAUUAAGUUAUGCCAUUGCCAACUACAACCCUGCGCGUUUCGUGAUGAUGAUGCUGUUUGUUCCCGGUUAUACGUGACAACUUUUGCCACUGUCGAGCAAACUACGUUAAACAUUGCGUCAUUACCGUUUAACUGCAGCACUUUGGCUAACUUAUGGAUCUUCUAGUUACAGUUAAUUACAGUUUUAGAAUCAACCUGACAUUGAAAAACGCUUUUUGAAAGCUAACUUUCAGAAAAAUAACGGAUCCGCGAUUGAUAAGCCGCGACCAAAUGUAUCAAAGAGGCGUAUUUGUGUCCCAGGUGAUUGCUGUUAAACAGUAUUAAAUUUGUACACUAACGAAAAUCGUGUUCCUUAUCCAUUUUCCUACAAUGUUCAUAUUACCGGAAACUUGGAACCACCAUAUACCUUACUUUCAAUUAACUUCCUUUGUUAUAGUACUGGCCCAUGAAAUAAAAAAGUAGUGUAUGCUUGGAGUCCGAUUAUGCUUUUCCAAUGUACUUUUUCACGCUGAAUGCGAAUCUGAAGUCAAACUUGGGGAGCGGUGGACAAUUUGUAGAGAAAACGCAUAAAAACGAUCCACAAAAAAAUAAAAAGUGGCGCGUGCUUGGAAUCUCACUAUGUAUUGUUUCCCAUAUAUUUUUCACUCUGAACACCAAUCUGAAGUCAAAAUAAUGGGAAUUUGGACAAAUAUGAAAAUAACUUAGACAUCACAAUUAAAAAUAUUGUUAUUUUUGGUGGAUGUGCAAAAAUGCCAAAAUGUGUAUUUAUACAGAGUAGAAAAAAAAAUAUGCUUUGCACAUUUUUUCUUAUCCAUUGUUCUUGUAUAUGUUUCUUCGCCUACUUGUACCAUUUUCUGUAUUUGUGAACCUAGGGUGUUAUUUAUGAUGCAUUCACAAUCGGGAACAAAAAUAUUUGCGCGGUGGUGUCACUGAUCACUCUUAAACGCAGUAUUGUACUGCGUGGUUGACACUUAUUCCGUUUCCCUUACAUGGGAAAAACAUAGCGGAAUUAUUUUUGCUCUCGGCAUGCAGUAUAUUUUGUUAUAAAAAGUGGUUCAUGUAUGAGCGAGUAAUUAUAAACGUAUGGAGGAACAUUGCUUCGUGAUUUUCAGUUUUGCAUUAGUACUACAGAAAACAAACGGUUUUUCAAACUUGUAAAAUAUGUAUGAUCAUUGAUUAAAACAUUUCCGUUACGUUAACCAAUGGUAUGAUGGCUAGGUAUAUACUAAUUGUUUAGAAAAAUUUUAC